CUAUUCGAUAAUUUCUGUUCAAUUUCACCAUAGUACAACUCACCACACACUAAAAUUCCACCCCGAAUAUCUUCAUGAGUUUUACCGUGUGUUUGUAGACUCUCUUCCAUGCACAACUACGCUUUCACCAUACAAAUCCACUACCAGCAACAGUAUUUCCAAAUCGAUAACCGCAAUUUAAAAAAAAAACAUUUCUUUUUAAAAGAGCAACAGCACAAUUGCAAUUCUUUCCUUCAAACUGAUGUUGGGGAGAAUCAUAAGCGUCUGGUAUAAGAGGUCCCACAUCAUUGCUACGAACAGUGUCAUAUAAUGUUUCAAAUGCUAGUCGGGUUCCUAAUAAAGCGCCUCGAUAUAACUUCUCCAAUGACCGAACAGCGAGUAACGUGACUUCUAUGGGUCCUCCAAGUUUCCCUCCAUGGAAUUCAAACCGCAAUAGACCCAGGGUUAGGGUACUUGCGAGCGAAUCCGCAGAUGAAGACCUAUGCACACCGGGAAAUAGACCUACUGCACUCAGAUACAUCAGCAGUAGCAGUAGAGGUGGGCACAGUGGUACUAGGUCUGCCCGAUCUACAAGUGCCUCCGUGGUCGAAGCUAGUGUUAUACUAGCUAUAUCAGAAGGUAGAGGCAUGGCUCGUGGAGAAAUUGGAAUGGCUGCUGUUGAUUUGAAACACCCACAUUUGGUACUGUGCCAGUUUAGCGACACGCUCCUAUAUACCCACACGUUGACUAAAAUAAACUAUUUUAAUCCUAUUGAGAUUAUCGUGCCGCACACAUUCUGUGAAGGAGUGCAGCCCAAUCAAUUAUACCAAUUGAUAAAGGAACACUAUCCCCUGGUCAACCUGACAACUGUUCAGAGAAGGCAUUUCAACGAUGCAGCCGGCAGGCAACAUAUUCAGACUUUAUGUGCCCCUGAAUACAGCGCCGUGUAUCUACAAGUGUUGCACAAGUUCUAUGCACUGACAGCGGCGGCAGCGGUUCUAAAAUACGUAGAAUAUAUCCAAUGCCUAGUUUUUGCCAGAGAAUCGCUUAAAAUCGAAUACCAUUCUUCUGAAAACACAAUGGUAAUCGAUGUCGGCACAGCUACUCAGCUGGAACUAGUCCAGCCUUUAGUUCCAUCAGCCGGGCCCACAUGCUGCCUGCUAGGGGUCUUAGGACCCACUUACACUGUCGGCGGCAUCAGAGCCCUUAGAGCAUGCAUUUUGCAACCAUCCUGCAAUAAAGAGUUCAUUGAAAAUAGAUUAGACGCGGUACAAGAUCUAAUUGAAAAUCCAAACGGUUUAAUGUCAGAUUUACAGGAUGUAAUAAAGAAGUUAUCAGAAAUUGACAAGAUUCUGUUCCUAUGUGUGGAAACUCCAAAUCCAAACAUGGAGAAAUACGGAGAAGCCCAGUUGAAUCAAACUCUGCUGCUAAAAACUACAAUGGGCAUGGUUCCAAGUCUUGUCGAAGCACUGAACACAGCACACAGUGGAAGACUCAGAAAAAUUAAAAUGGACUUCGAAAAUCCAAACUACAACGAGAUCGCAUCCCGUAUAAAAAACGUUCUCCAAGAAGACGCACAUCUAGAAAAGGGGUCUGUGGGCAGCCUACAGAGAUGCUUUGCGGUUAAACCGGAAAUAAACGGCCUCUUAGAUGUAGCUAGAAGGAUGUAUUCAGAACUAAUAGAGGAUAUGCAGAAGAUGGUGGAACACUUAGGCGAGAUGUAUGACUUGCCGUUGAGGGUGAAUCAGAAUAUGCUAAAAGGGUUUCACAUUGUGAUGCCAAUUGCUCCGAAGAACAGAAGAAAUUUUAAUGUUGAAGAUUUGCCGCCUAUAUUCAUCCAGGUGCAUAAUAAUGGUGCGAGCGUGUCUAUGACCACCGAGGAAUUGGUCGUGAUGGACCGCCAAGCGAAACAAUCGUUGAAUGAAAUACAGAGGAUAAGUAAUAUCGUUAUAUCUAGCUUGUUGAAAGAAUUACGACCGUUCAUGUCGAGUCUCUAUAAACUGUGCGAGAAUGUAGCAGAAUUGGAUAUACUACUAGCGAUGGCACAAGCAAGCAUAGUGGGAUCGUACAUUAGGCCGGAGUUUAACAACUACACCGACAUACGGAACAGUGUACAUCCUCUCCUGGAUUACAACAGUCAAGUAACGCCGGUGCCUAAUGAUAUUUAUGCGAGUCCAGAGAAAAAUUUUACGAUAAUCACUGGACCGAAUAUGGGAGGCAAAAGUAUUUAUAUCAAACAAAUUGCCAUCAUGCAAGUAAUGGCGCAGUUGGGCUGUUUCUUGCCGGCCACAAAUGCUGUGUUGAGGUUAAGCGAUCGACUUUUCUCUAGAAUUGGUUUCAAUGAUAGCGUCGAAUUAAAUGCAUCCACGUAUGUCCUCGAGAUGAAAGAAACUCAGCACAUACUGAAAAGUCUCACCCCUUCUAGUUUAGUCAUUAUUGAUGAACUAUGCAGAGGCACAUGUGCUGAAGAAGGAACCAGUAUAGCCUGGGCUAUCUGUGAAGAAUUACUCAAAAGUGAUGCUUUCACUUUUUUCACCACACACUUUACAUAUUUGACGAGAUUGCAAGAUUUAUACUUCAAUGUGGUUAAUCGCCAUACCACAGUUAAGAAAGAAGUUAUACCAAAUGCAGAAUCAAUGCAGGAGAGGCUUAUAUACCAGCACAAAGUUGAAUUGGGAACCACGGACAUUGAGUAUUAUGGCCUAGCCUUAGCUGCUAAAACUAAUUUACCUCCAGACACGGUCAAGUUAGCUGUAGAGUUGGCGGAACUUAUCGCUGAAACUAGAAAAGUUCGAGAAAUAACAACGCCACAAAGAAGCGACGAGCAGAUUCUUUAUAAUUUAAAUGCAGACUUAAGGUUGCAGUCGAGAAGAAAUGAACAUUCAGAUGAACGCAAUGCAUUAAUAAUACGGAAAUUUAAAGAAGAUAAUCCACAAUUGAUAGAAAGAUUAAGGAUUCAAAAUAGCAAAGAUAAUAUACGAACAGACAAUACCACUCACAAUUCGUCUAUACCUAGUUGGACGUUAUUAAGUCAACCUGCUUUCAAUGCUGUUGCUAUCAAUACAAUAAAUAAUAAUGAACCAAAUUUAAUACAAAAUAAAAUGAGUGAAAUAAAAAAUGGUUUAGAAAACGAAACAACUACUAACUCGCCAAACGAUAUCCGAAACUUUACUUCAGUCAAAUCUUCUAAUGAACUACUCAACACUGUGAUUACCAAUGAUGAUAAUUAUUUAAAAAAUCAACAUUCUCAAAAUAAUUCUAAACGUUCAACACCAGUUGAAGAUACUAAAACCUCAAGUAUGGAACUAGAUAAAGAACGAAGUGAAAACGAACAAGAAAACAACUCUAUACAUAAAAUGAGUAAUAUUAUAAAUAACGACAACGUUAAUGAUGUAGCGAUGAGUGAAAAUUAUGCAAAUGAACUUAACAAUACAGAAGAUUCAAUUCAAAUUACAAACAGUGAUGAUUCAGAUAUAGCAGAAGCUCUCACACAGGUUCUAAAAGAAGAUUCAGUUGAAAUUACCUUUUCUAAAAGUGACAGCGAUGGGAUGUCAGUAGACGAGGAAUUGCUAAGAGAAACAGUUGAUGAAAUUAACGAGGAAUUUUUUAAUAACAUUAGCAUUGACAAUAUUGUUCUUACGCCACCUAAAGAGUUUUGUGACUUGUAAUUUUAUGAUAAAAAUAAAAUUUCUUAUACAUCGUG